AUGACUAGACGAAAAAAGAAGGAUGAAGAAGAGCAACAAGAAGAUAAAGAUGAAAGUUAUUUAUCCAAGAAUAAUGCAAAUACUACUAUAGAGCAAGAAGUACAGUACCUGAAGAAGCUAUUAGAAACAAAGAAUGAAAUAAUUUUAGAUAAAGAGAGGUAUAUCAAUCAAUUAGUUAAUGAGAACAGACGUUUACAGGAGCAUUAUGAAUUGAUCAUUAGCAGUAUAGUGGAUAAAGAAACCAUAAUCACUUCUUUGGGGAAAAUAAAUGAAAGAGUUGAAAAAAUAGAAGCUACUACCUCAUACACCCGUUGUAAUGAUGUAAUUAAAUCAUAUAGUGGAGCUGUAAAAGAGUCAAAAAAAAGCAAAGAUGAGAAGAUUGUAGAUAAAAUUAAUAAUACACAAAAGUUGAUGAUAAAAAGUACGGACAAAUCAAACUCUAAUGUGUUGGAAGAUUUGAAGAAGAGCAUUGAUCCAGCUAAGUCAAAUAUCUGUGUGAACUCUGUGAGGAGGGUGAAUAAUGGCAUCAUUCUUAGCUGCGAAAAUGAAGCAUCAAUGUCCAAGCUGAUGGCGAGUAUACAGGGAGAACUCGGUGCGAACUUCACUGUCAAUGAAAUCAAGAAAUAUCGCCCACGCAUGGUGAUAAAUAAUGUAGAAUGCGCCUACACAAAAUCUGAGGGAUUAAUCGAGAAGAUCUUGUCCCAGAAUGAAUUUGGUAUUUUCAGUAGUGAUGAUAUAAAAACAGAUGUUCCGAAUCUACUUUAA